AUGGACGAAAUCAGAGUUGAUUUUCUGCCUUCUGAUAGCAUUUACUUCAGUGUGGGAAUCAUUAACAAGAAGCUCGAUGUGAAUCAAUUCCAAAAUGUCCAUUCUUGCCGCAGUGGGCUAUCGGAUUCUUGUCUAGGAUUGUUGAAACGGGGCAUCCAGGUACCUGUUUCCACAACUGAAAUUGCACUCAAAAAUCUUGGAGGAAGAUUAACUGCUAUAAAUCAGUUAAUGAUCAUUUCUGGAGUGUCCAUUUCCUUCAAAAAUGGGGUACUAGAAAGCUGGAGGGCUUUAGCAUUCAUAGGACUAGUUCCCUGUGUAGUGACCAUUUUCGGUCUCUUUUUCAUUCCCGAGUCUCCAAGAUGUUAUAUUGUUCGUGAUCUUGAUGGUAUUGGAAACAAAAGGGAAAACCCUGAAACAAAUCCAAGGAGACAUUAA